AUGUCGCUAACGAAUUAUUAUUCCAUGAUGGGGCUCCAGACCGAGGAGCCGUACGGUGCACAUUUCAUCCCGGGAGGCUUGCAGGGUUCGACGGCCGGCUGCGCGAAGCCAGCCCGGGCAGCAGAAGAGGAGGAGGGGACCCCCGCCUCACACAUUCCGGAUUUCUCACAUUUUUCCAACAAACAACCCAGCUUAAACGGCUUCUCUCCCUGGACAAACACCUCUACAUCCUCUUCGUCCUCUUCCCCGCAGCUGCAGUCCACCCCCGGUGCCUCCAUCCCCGGCCUUUUCCAUCCACAUCACCUCCUGAGCCACCACCACCACCCGUACUAUGGCCCACAGACACAGCAAACCCACGCCGAGCAGCUCGCGUCUUCGGCGGCUACCGAAAGUAGAUUCGUCCGCUGCUGGGAGGGUGCGACCUCUGCCUCGGAUACCUCUAUAUCACAUGCUUCGACCGGGUUUCCCGGGUGUCUCCCAGCCCAGGGUGACCUCUCCAAUCCGAGCCCGAGGUACGAGGCGGUGAAACCCGAGAGCUCACCGCCACCUCACGAGGACAGUCCCGAGGAUUCUAGUUUCGGCAGCCCGGCUGAGGUGGUCCUCGAGAGGCUUGGCACGGUGGAGGAGCUCGGGAGGAAACCGGAGCCCAAAAAAGAGGACGAGGAGAAAAAGCCACAACCAACACUUGACCCGGGUAAAAGAUAUAGCCUAUUGCAAACUUUGGGAUGUUUAUUAGCAUGUGCAUACACAGGUGUGUGUGAGUGUUUGCGCGAAUGGGUGUGAGUGUGGUCAGAGAGGGAGAACGCGGCCUAAGUAGAAGUAAGUAAGUGUGUGUGACUUUUAUAGCCCAAUAAAUGUCUUGUAAACGGUCAAAUAUAAAACUUUAUAGUCCAUUAAAAUAAUUAAGCUGCUAUUGCUUUUAUUUGACUAUUUGUCACGAGAUAGAAAACGCAGAUAGGCUCGCGCUGCGUUUGUGUGAUUGGAUUUGUGCAGGAUUUUGGGGUUAAUUUGCAUUUAUUUGACAGCGAGGAAAUGACCAAUAUUGCUAAUAGAUCUAAUUUUGUUCAGCCAUUUAAUUUUCUUUUCCUCUUCUUCUUUUUUUUUAAACAGACAAUAAUGUUGAUAUUGCAGCAUGCAUGACCCAGCCAAAGCACCCCAACAAGCUAAAUGCUCAUUAAAAACCCCGUACACAUAGACUAUCUUUCAAAGGCCUCCACAGAAAGGUGGAUGGAGUAAAGAAAAUGAUAAAAAAAUUAACAUAGGUGAAGCAGACAGUAUAUUGACCUUUGGCUUUUAAGAUGAAACACGAAUGAUUUUAAUGUUAUGUAAAGGAAUGUUUGGUAAAUGCAUUUAAUAAUAUCAAAAUAGCAAACAGCAGAGCUUUUUUAACCUCUAUAGUUUGUGUUUGAAUUAAUUUAUAUAUUUUUUUCAUACUGCCAUGACUAAGCAGAGUGCCUCUUAUUAUUAGAUUAAGAUUACAGAUAGAGUUCUUUGAUAACUUAAAGUCCAGCUCACAGAAAUAACGUUAAACUGAAGGAAAAUCCACAAGCCAAUGGAGCCAGUGUUUUAGUAUUAAACUGUAAUAUACUUCCUGGUGACUUAUGGAGUGUCCCUGAAAUAUAUGACUCUCCCGCUGUUUCUGUUUUUCUGAUUUGUCCAGUUAGAUAGACCGGACAAAUCAGUCAAAAGUUCAAACAGAUGUUUUAAACUGCAGCGCAUCCUGACUGCCAGAACCCACACAGAACCGGCUCGAUUGAACAGAGUCUGCUGCCUCUGUCCCUACUUGCUGUCAUCUCCUCCAAAUUUCCACAUUAUAUAGUUCAUUGCAAUAUCAGAAACCACAAACAUGAAUUAACAAAUGCCAUGUUAAAUAGAAAUGAAAUGAAGGAGGGAUGAAAUGAGGGCACAAUAAGUGUAGUCAUAAAUUUCUGUUAUUGUUUUGUCAUUGUUGUAAGGAUGAGUAAUCACUGAAGUAUCUGUAUUUUUAUAUGCUGUCCUAAGGAGCUGUGUUUGGAGUGUGUGUGUUAUUGUUUCUUUUCCUAAUGAACCAAAAGUUUCAGCCUCAUAAAACUAGUUCCGGAGGAUAUUUUGUAAGAUUUUUAUGUCAGUCUUUGAACUUCUUACAACACACACACCAAAGCCAACCCCCCACCCCCACUCACUCUCUCACACACACACACACACACACACACACACACACACACACACACACACACACACACACACACACACACACACACACAGAACAUAAAUACCCUGCUGCAGGGUAAAAGUGAAAAUCCAUGCCACCCUGUUUCUUCCUCUGCAGAAAAUCCAUCAGCCAGCUGGAUCCACGCCAAGUCGACCCGGAAGAAAAGGUGUCCAUACACCAAACACCAGACGCUGGAGCUGGAGAAAGAGUUUCUGUACAACAUGUACCUGACCAGAGACCGGCGCCUGGAGGUGGCAGGACUCUUAAAUCUGACAGAAAGGCAAGUAAAAAUCUGGUUCCAGAACAGACGGAUGAAGAUGAAGAAGCUGAUGACCCGGGAGAGGAGGAGUAUGAAUGAAUAA